UGUUUUGGCUCAAUUUCAAGUGUUCAUUUUUGGGUAUGGCUUCUUGCAUAUCAAAAUGUGUGUGCCUCUUUGGUUGGAACAUUGGCAAAAACAAAACUAAUGAUAAACCUCAACCCAAUUAUCAUAAUAUUGAUCUUGCUUUUCCUUCUUCCCUGCUCACAAAAACGUUCCUCAAUGGAAAGGAAUUAAAAUGUUGCUACAAGGCCACCUUAGACGGAUUUAGUGCAACCUCUUUUCACGAAUGUAGCGAUUUCAAGGGCCCAUGUGUGAUCAUCGGUUACACAGAUGACUCAUUCAAGUUUGGUGCAUUCAAUCCCGAAGGUUAUAGAAGCACCGACGAUUACUACGAGACCUUUGAUGCAUUUCUAUUUUAUUGGCCGGAUGAAGAUAAGAAUGAGCCUAUAGUGUUGCCUAAAAUAGGAGGUAGUGGUGCUGCUCUUUUUGAUUAUGCACGAGGUGGGCCACAGUUUGGGGCUGACGGGCUUCUUAUUGGACCACCACUCGCACCGGUCAUGGGUGGGUUUGCAGGACCCGAUACAAAUUCAGGUGUUGGAGAUUUAAGGCAAGCAAAGUCAAGAUUAGGAUUGUCUUAUGCCAAAAGAGUAGAUGGAAAGGAGUCUUUGUUUGGUGAUGAGUCCAGGGCUUCUCUUGAUGAAGUGCUUGUUUUUUGUAGUCCUCAAAUUGCAAGCCUAUACUGAAUGGUCUGAUUUGUAAAUGGUUGUUUUACCAGACUGUACUAUCUCAUUUUGUAAAUUUGUUAGCCCAAAAAGCAUCUAUGAUAUUACAUAGUGUAUAGGUACAAGAGGUGGAACAAAGUGUGACUUUGGUUGUGCUAAAAUGAAACAUCUAAUAUAUGUUAUUUUUCUCACCAA